UGUGGGAUCCCUGAUGUACAGGAAGACAGGACCUCAGUGAGGAACAUUUCCCUCACUCAGGACAGGAAACUGGCUUCUCCCCGUGUGAGAUCUCUGGUGUGUGUAAAGAUUGGACUUCCUUGUAAAACAUUUCCUACACUCAGGACAGGAAUAUGCCUUCUCCCCCAUGACAGGAAUAUGGCUUCUCCCCUGUGUGAGAUCUCUGAUGUGUGUAAAGACUGGACUUCACUGAAAAACAUUUCCCGCACUCAGGACAGGAAUAUGGUUUCUCCCCCGUGUGACAUCUCUGAUGUCUGUAAAGAUCAGUUUUCUGUGAAAAACAUUUGCCGCACUCAGAACAGGAAAGUGGCUUCUCCCCCGUGUGAGAUCUCUGAUGGCUGGAAAGAUUGGUCUUCUGUGAAAAACAUUUCCCGCACUCAGGACAGGAAUAUGGCUUCUCCCCCGUGUGACAUGUCUGAUGUGUGUAAAGAUGGGACUGCUGUGAAAAACAUUUCCCGCACUCAGGACAGGAAAAUGGCUUCUCCCCCGUGUGACAUCUUUGAUGUGUGGAAAGAUAUGACUUAUUUGAAAAACAUUUCCCGCACUCAGGACAGGAAUAUGGCUUCUCCUCCGUGUGACAUCUCUGAUGUCUGUAAAGAUCGGAUUUCUGUGAAAAACAUUUCCUGCACUCAGGACAGGAAAACAGCUUCUUCCCCCUGUGAC